AUGGGAAUCGAAGAAAUUGCGGGAUGCAUUCCAUGUUCUUCCUUUUCUGUUCAUCGGUGGAAGUAUGACGUGUUCGUGAGCUUCAAAGGCGAGGACAUAAGGAAGACCUUCGCGGCCCACCUCUUCCGCGCGCUGAAGCAGGCGGGGUUCUCCUACUUCGAGGACAAGGAAAAAAUGGAGGCUGGGAUUUUCCAUGAGCCCAAUCUGGUCGACGCGAUCCGCCAUUCCAGGGUCUCUCUCAUCAUGUUCACCGCUGACUACGCGGACUCGCGGCGGUGCUUAGAGGAGCUGUUGGAGAUCCUGGAGUGCAACAGGAGGUUCAGAGAUCAUCAGGGUCACGCGGUUCUGCCUAUUUUCUACGAUGUCGAGCCAAGCGACGUUCGGAAACAGAGCGGGGGAUUUGGGGAUGGUUUUGGAAGGUGUUUGGCCACCCAGGCGGACGAUUUGCAGGUGCAGAAGUGGAGGGAUUCGCUUAAAGAAGCUGGGAAUUUGUCGGGAUGGCAUUUAUCUCGCGAUGCUAACGGGUGUCUAUCUAUCUGUGCUUGUGGGGACAACCCGUCAAAGGUUAUUGGACGAGAAAGGAUUACAAGGGCAUGUGGAUGGAUUUCUCAAAUUAAACUCGAUUAUCCUCGAGAGUACUUGAUUUCAUUUUCUGGUUACUUUGGAGAUUUUUUCGGGUAUACUAUUGUUCGCUCCCUCGCAUUUCAGAGCAAUGAAAGAACUUUUGGGCCGAUUGGUGUAGAAGAUGGGAAGUACUUUUCUUUUCCAUCAACCGGUAGAAAGAUCGUCGGGUUUCAUGGGAGGUCUGGACUCUAUCUUGAUUCACUGGGAGCACAUUUUGAGCCCUGA